AUGGAGAGAGUUUACGUCAGUUCGACCAGAAUGAGAAUUUUCAAUCAUAUCUUCUUGUUACUGACCGUAUUAGUGGUUUUCUCUGCUGCGACUCCAUUUCCAAUGAAAUUCAAGCCGCUCCCCAGAUGCGGUGUAGGUUUAAUGCCGUCGCCGUUUAAAUUCAAAUUGCCGUUUAAGAAAAACUUAAAACUUAAAUCGGGACAUUGAUACUUCGUGAUCGAUUGUCGAUAAACCUUGGCAUUGUG